AUGCAGUCCUUCAUCGACUCUUACGCGGAGGUUGGCGAACGCGCCGAGCUCCUGCACAGUCACGCCAUUCGGUGGCAGGCGGCGCUGGAGGACGCGGUCUCGCCAUGCAUGGAUGCUGCAAGCGUCCGCUGCGAGACGCUCGAGGCGGCGCUUCUGAUGAGCGUGGUGCGGUCGCGGCGGGAGCGCGCUGCGUGCAGGCUGCAGGCCGCUGUCCGCGCGUGCCGCGCGAACUGGGCCGUGCUCGGUUUGGCCGAGGCGGCACGCGCUGCGGCGGAGUCUUCGGCUACAGCGCAAGAGUCUGCAGCGUGCCUCGUGUCCGCCGCGGUGGGCCGGUCCGCCGCAGCGGAGACGGCCACGCUGGGGGCGCGGAAGCGCGCGGCGGCGGCAGAAGCCGAGCUGGCCGAGGCUCGCGCGGGGUCGCAUUGCGCUCGAGUCGAGGCGUCCGCGUUGCGGCUGGCACUCGGGCGUGUGACGCGCGCGGCGGCGGCGCUCAGGCUGCAGGGCGCGUGGCGGCGAGUCGCGAGGCGGCGGCCGUCGGCCGCCGCGGCGAGCCCCGGCGAGGUGCGGCGAGCCCUCGACUGCGUCCGCCUCGCAGAGGAGGGGAUAGAGCCGGCGCACGCGCCGCUUGCAGCAUGCGCCGCCGCGGCCGUCUGCGCCGCGAGCGACCAGGGCGUCGGGGGGUGUCCGCUUCGAGAGGCGCUGCCUCAGAGCGAGCCUGCGCCGCUGGAGCCCGAGUGGCUGACGCAGGCGUCGGACGAGCUGCGCGCCUCGCCGGUGGUGGCGGUGCGCGAGGAGGCAGAGGCGGAGGGGGCGGCCGAGGGCGAGGAGGCGCCUCCACGUCCAGCGCCCAUGGACAUGCCGAUGAGCCCAAAGGCAAGGCACGCCAAGCCGGCGGCGGAGGAGCGGCUGCUGCAGCAGCGGGUCGCAUCUGUUGAGGCGGUGCUUCACGGGGUGAGGCACGCGGUGGCGCGCUCGCUGCGGAGCGUCAACGCCGCCGCGGGGCGGCCCUCACGCGCCAGCUGGAGCGGCGCGGCGCGCGGUGUCGACGCGGCGCGCGACGAGGUUUCAGCGAUGACGGCCGCGUGCGAGGAGUGGGCGGCCGUCCUCUGCCAGCGGCCGACGACCGCCGAUGUUGGCGCCGAGCCAAGCGGGCCCGUUCGGUCGGAGCCGGCGCGGGGUAUCGGCCUCGCCGUGAAGGGGGCCGAGGCCGGCGCUGGCGCGCAGGCAGCCGGCACGACCGACGAGGUGCUCUGGGGCCACCUGUUCGAGCGCGCCAGGGCGUUGCAGCACGCAAUGCGCACGCUCUCGGCAGAGGUGGAUGCGCUUUGCGAGGGCACGUGA